ACCAGGCAUAGCCAGCAUGUCAGCGCAGUCAACUUGCAGCAGGCUGUGAGGAAAGCCAGUGUGGCUUUGUCCUAGGAAAUGUGCUUCGUGUUUUUCUUUUUUUACUCUUUUUUAAUCUCGAAGACAGAUUCGUAAAGACUUCCGAAACCAUUUUGUAAUGCUCAUCCGAGGAUACCAUCCAUAUACCGUCUACCAAUAAACCCUUGAAGGGUUUUGUGUGACUGAUUUCGUGUGUGUGUGUGUGUGUGUGUGUGUGUGCGCGCAUUUUUUUUUUUUUUUUUUAACUUUUACAUACUUUGUUUUGAUCAUCCGAGGCCGGGCCUCAGUCUUUGUGAAGUUUCAGAAGAGAGCCAGGAGCUACUCACCAACAACUGAAUUUUGAAACUUUCUCUUUUGGGGCGAAAGCAAAGAGCUGGUUUUCUUUGCUAUCCCAAUAAAUGCUAUUUAUGAAGAUGGACCUGUUGAACUACCAGUACUUGGACAAGAUGAACAACAAUAUCGGCAUUCUGUGCUAUGAAGGUGAAGCUGCUCUCAGGGGAGAACCCAGAAUGCAGACCCUCCCAGUGGCCUCUGCCCUCAGCAGCCACCGCACCGGCCCUCCCCCCAUCAGCCCAAGCAAGAGGAAGUUCGGCAUGGAGCCUGGGGACGAGGACCUAGACUGUGAAAACGACCACGUCUCCAAGAUGAGUCGCAUCUUCAACCCCCACAUGAAGACGACCAAUGGAGACUGCCGGAAAGACCCCCGGGAGCGGAGCCGUAGCCCCAUUGAGCGUGCCGUGGCCCCCGCCGUGAGCCUGCACGGCAGCCACCUGUACACGUCCCUCCCCAGCCUCAGCAUGGAGCAGCCCCUCGCACUGACCAAGAACAGUGUGGACGCCAGCAGGCCGGCUGGCCUCUCACCUACCCUGACCCCCGUGGAGCGGCAGCAGAACCGGCCCUCGGUGAUCACCUGCGCCUCCGCUGGUGCCCGCAACUGCAACCUCUCGCACUGCCCCAUCGCGCAUAGCGGCUGCCCGGCGUCCGGGCCCACCAGCUACCGGAGGCCGCCCAGCGCUGCCACCACCUGUGACCCUGUGGUGGAGGAGCACUUCCGUAGGAGCCUGGGUAAGAACUACAAGGAGCCCGAGCCAGCGCCCAACUCAGUGUCCAUCACAGGCUCCGUGGAUGACCACUUUGCCAAAGCUCUGGGCGACACAUGGCUUCAGAUCAAAGCAGCCAAGGACGGCGCAUCCAGCAGCCCUGAGUCGGCCUCGCGCAGGGGCCAGCCGGCCAGCCCCUCCGCCCACAUGGUCAGCCACAGCCACUCGCCAUCCGUGGUCUCCUGAAGGGAUGCUGCCCUGUGGCCACGCAUGGCUCUGCAUGGUUUGCCUGAGCUUUGAACAGUCAGUGCUUAAA